AUGUUCGAAGAAAUGGACCAUUCCGGCGACGGAGGAAUCCAUGGCCAAUUACUACAGAACAACGGUUUUCAAGGAACGAGCCUCGGAAUGACAGCCUAUGCGCCGGUGGGAAAUGUGACUAUCUCCCAAGAUAAAUCAAAAUCUGUCAGCAAUUCUAUUACGUCCUCGCUCAAGGUUGCAGUACCCAAUGGAGUCACGGACUAUGUGGGUUUCGCAAAUACUGGCUAUAAAGGAGUUCCCGCUCUAGCGGCCACUUACAAAAGCUCGUUUUGGAUGAUGGGAAGAUACUCGGGAACUAUCAACCUACAACUUAUCGGGUCGCAAAGUGGAAUCGUGUACGCUGAUCACAACAUGACUGUCAAGAGUACAGAUUCGAAGUUUACGGAGUUUAAAACAUCAUUCAACGCUACCCACUCUCCAGAUGGAGAGAAUGAAUGGCAUCUGACUUUCGAUGGCUCGAAAGUGGGUGGUAGCUCACUUAAUUUCGGAUACAUCCAGCUAUUUCCACCGACAUUCAAUGGCAGAGAGAAUGGUCUGCGAGAUGACAUCGCUUCUUUCCUGGACGAGGUCAACCCGGCAUUCCUUCGAUUCCCAGGCGGCAACAACAUCGAAGGCUUACAGGUUGAUUCUCGAUGGAUGUGGAACACUACGAUCGGACCUGUGGUUGAUCGUCCAGGGAGAGAAAGUGACUGGUUCUAUCCCAACACAGAUGCGCUUGGACUAGAUGAAUAUCUUUGGUGGUGUGAAGAUAUGAACAUGGCGCCGCUUUUAGGUAUCUGGGCAGGCAAGUCAUACGGGGAUAUUAUCUCGGGGCCCGACCUCGAACCCUUUGUGGAAGACAUAAUGAACGAGAUGGAAUAUCUGUUUGGGGACUCUUCUACUCAUUAUGGCAAGAUGCGAAUCGAAAAUGGCCGGAAAGAUCCAUGGAAGGUGGAGUAUGUUGAAAUCGGCAACGAAGACGAUCUCACUGGUGGCUGUGAGAGCUACCCAGAUCGUUUUAACCAGAUCUACAAAGCCAUCCACGACAAGUACCCGGAUGUAAAAUUUGUUGCAUCCAAUGGAGACUUCUCUUGUCUUCCCUCACCACUUCCAAAGAAUGUGAUCAUUGACCUGCAUCUGUAUCGAAAGCCAGAUGACUUUGUGAAAUUGUUCAACCAAUUUGAUAACCAGCCGCGGGAUCAACCAGUGAUGAUUGGCGAAUAUGGAGCUCGGAACACGUCAAGUGCCGAGGGAAUCUACUGGCCGUAUAUGCAGGGAAGCUGCAGCGAGGCUGUAUAUAUGAUGGGAAUGGAGCGCAACAGUGAUAUUGUGAAAAUGGCAGCCUACGCUCCAUUGCUGGAGCACUUUGACUUCGUAUCUUGGUCGCCCACACUCUAUGGAUUUAACUCGACUCCCAACUCUAUAACACCCUCCACGUCCUAUUUCGUUCAGAAGAUGUUCGCUUCAAAUAAGGGUGAUACUAUCGUCCCAGUCCACACGACAGCAGAUUUCGGGCCUGUUUAUUGGGUAGCCUCAAAGACCGACUCAAGUUAUUACUUGAAAUUGGCGAACUACGCAAAGGACCCGCAGACUGUCCAGGUCAGAAUCCCAGGUACCAAGACUGGAAGGCUGGAAAUGCUUUCUAGUCCACAGUAUCAUGGCAACACGCCUUUCAAUGUGCAAGUCCAGACAGUUACAACCAGCGUUUUCAAUCCAUCGGGCAAUUAUUCCAUCAAUAUGGACCCCUGGGCAGUUGCUGUUCUGGCAGUUUCAUGA